AUGGAAAUGGAGAAGGAAGUAAAGAAAUCAGCGAAGAAAGACGAGAGGAGGAGUCUUAUUCAGCUGCCGCCAAAGAGAGGCCAAAUCAAGGCCAGGAUAUUUGAAGAUUUCGUUGAAGCUCUGAAGAAGAAUCUCGUUGGAGGAGAAGGCGACGGCAGCACUGGUUGUAUUACUCAGUCUAAUUACGCAGCUGACACUAAGAGCAAGAAGAGCAACAGUUCCAAGUAA